AUGGCGUUACUCGUAUACAUAGAUGACAUAGUCUUGCUAAGCUUAGAUAGCACUUCUACUACUGCUGUGAAGAAGUUUUUGGAAACCAAGUUCAAAAUCAAGGAUUUAGGGAGCUUGAAAUAUUUCCUUGGAAUGGAGGUGGGACGUUCAAAGAAGGGGAUACAGCUAUGUCAACGAAAAUACGCAUUGGACAUCCUUGUAGAAACUGGGAUGUUGGCAUCAAAACCGUCUCGCCUACCUAUGGAGCCCAACAUCAAACUAAGCAAAGAUGAAGGUGAAGCCUUCAAAGACCGUGUUCUGUACAAAAAGUUAGUCGGCAAGCUCCUUUACCUCACACAUACACGGCCGAACUUAAGCCAAAGUGUGCACUUACUCAGUCAAUUCAUGGAAGCAUCUCGUGUCCCUCACUAUGAUGCAAUCCUCAGAGUAAUCCGAUACAUGAAAGGGACUCCAGGGCAGGGACUUUUCUUCCCUGCCAAUUCUACACUUGAACUUAUUGCUUAUUCCGAUGCGAGUUGGGCAAAUUGUCCUGACACACGGAGAUUGACUAUUGGUUUUUGUGUUUUCUUAGGAAAUUCUCUUGUAUCUUGGAAAUCCAAGAAGCAAACAACUAUGUCAAGAUCUUCUGCCGAAUCCGAGUAUAGAGCGAUGACAACCGUGGUCUGUGAACUUACAUGGUUCCGAUACCUGCUUGAUGAUUUAUGCAUCAACGUGUCGAGGCCUACGACUUUAUAUUGUGAUAAUCUUGUAGCGAUUCAUAUUGCAACAAAUCCCAUCUUUCAUGAAUGGACAAAGCACAUCGAACUAGAUUUUCAUUUGGUUCGAGACAAAAUAUUAGAUGGACAAGUAGUAACAGCCCAUGUCCCUUCACAUCUCCAAGUAGCAAACAUGCUCACUAAGCCUUUACAUUCUCCUGUAUUCACUCGACUUUUGUCCAACAUGGGAGUUAUUAACAUAUACUCUACAUCUUGCGGGAGGAUGUUGAAAUUACCCCAUGAAACGCCUCAAGUUCCUACAGUUCCUCUAGACAAGAAAUUCACAGAUGACUCGUGA